AAUACAUCUUUCAAAUUCAAACCAUCCUCUGCGCAGCCUCUGAUCCUAUUCCUCGCAUCUUCAAGCCACAUAUGCAUGAGUGUCUUCCGGGCGUCACGCUCGCGUCCGCCAGGAGAGGAUGCGUUAGCAGUGUCGGUAAGGACAGCACCAACAAGGACAGCGCUUUUCGAGCGACAUUGAGCAGAAGACGCCAGCCACGUGAUGCAAUAUUCUGAUAUUCGAACUUCUUGAAUCAAGAACUUCCAUUGUUGUACUCGGUAACGCACAACAAGAAGCGUGCUGCGCAACUUCAAAGCCCACUUGCUUCUUUGUACGAACCUGAUGAGUGACGCUACUAGUACUGCUUUGUAUGUCGACGCUGGCAUUCAGGCAUCAAAGUACUUCAAUGUCGGAACGUUUGCAGUUUUAAUUUUUGACUACUGCAUUACUCUAGAGGCAGAGUCGCAGUGGGUAUGGCAUCGAAAAUGGACGUUCGUGAGAUUUAUAUUCACCAUUUCACGAUACCUGCCAUUUUUUGCCAUUGGGAUGACAUUCACGGCUGCGCUUCGAACACAAUACUAUCCUGGUGAAAGUUGUGUUAUGUUUGGAAAAGCGUCCAACGUGUUGCACAUUAUCUGCAUUCUAGCCGCAGAAGGACUCCUAAUAACGAGGAUUCACGCUUCCUGGACCAGUAAGCGUCUACUGACAUUUUUGCUGGUUUUUCCCGUAGUUUGUUUUGUUGGUUCUUAUAUCCUCUCGGGCACUCCCGCGGCGUCGAACCUUACGAACAUCGUCACUGACAUACCGGAUCCGGGCAACUGUCUUUUCAUAGGCGGGAGAAACAGUGUCUUCGAGUAUGCUACUUUGAUACUCUACGAAUCGGUCCUCCUGUGCUUGAUGUUGUUCAUCAGAUCCAGAUGGUACAAGAAUACUAGUACUGUCGGACUGCUCCAAGAAACAUUUUUCAAUGAUUCAGUGAGAUAUAUGAUUUGCAUCAUGAUCGUGACUUCGUUCAGUAUCAUUCUGAAUAUGAGUCCUCCGAUUACAUGGGUUGCUAUCACAGACUCUCUACAGGUCGUCAUCCACAGCGUCCUAGCAUCUCGGAUACUUUUCAACCUACGAGAAAGUGAAGAACGUUCGCGCAAUCACACAACACUGGCGGAAGUAUCUGACAUGCAGUUUGAAGAAGGCCAGCUCUCAACGUUGAGGUCUGAGGUUUAAUGAACCUUGUGUUAGUGCAGCGCUGGUAUCACUGCAUAUGUAUCCCAUGAUGUAAGAUACUAAUUUACUUGCGAACUAUGGUAUUUAUUCGUUUGCUUGGCACAUCACU